AUGGAGUUUGCCCGUGACGUCAGGAAAUGCAGCGACUGUAAAUGGGCCAGCGCCCCUCUGCAGCCACCAUUGUCCUUCCUUCUGAGCUGUCGAGAAGGCAAGCCCCACAUGGCUAAGCCUGGCUGUGAGACCUCUUCUGGGGAAUGCCUGGACAGGGAGGAGCCCAAAGCAGCAGACUCAAAGAGACCGAAGCACGAGCAGCCAAGGCACCAACGCCGCCGCUGCGGCCGCCGCCGCCGCCGCUGCCCCAACAGUUUCGCUAUCUACUUCCCCAGGGUUCUGAAGCAGGUUCACGAGGGCCUGAGCCUCUCGCAGAAGACCGUGAGCAUCUUAGAUUCGUUCGUUAAGGACAUCUUCGAGUGCAUCGCCCACGAAGCCUCUCGCCUGGCCCGCUCCACCAAGCGCUCCACCAUCACCUUCAGGGAGAUCCAGACAGCCGUGCUCCUGCUGCUGCCGGGGGAGAUGGGCAAGCACACCGUGUCCGAAGGCACCCAAGCCAUCAUCAGGUACACCCUCCACCAAUGA